AUGACCGAAUCAUUGGCGUCCAAAGCCCCCUUUGAUCCACGCAGCAGGUGGAAUGCAAGAAGAGGAAGAAAACCUCAGGAUUAUGAUUAUUACAGCCAUUUGAACGUUACGACCACAACAAAUUAUGCAAAUGCAUACACCCCGAUUUUGGAUGAAGUCAUUCCCACCACAAAUGGCUUUAUUUCCUCCUUAAGAGACAAUAUCACCACUAUUGCCUCUAAUCCUUCAACCACCACAACCACAACCACACAACACUUUGCUAAAAAUAUUGCCACCACCAAUAUUGCGCAUACUUCAGUUAAUGAAGACACCUUUAAAACUCCAAUUUUGAAUAGGACUCGUGCCAUGGAUUGGCGCACACGUCGUCGUGCCAGAAUGCUAGCUCAAGUUGAUUGUAAAUUGAAAUUGGAUACAAACCAUCAAGAAAAGCUGGAAUCUCCUGAAUUGAAGUUGGAGGUUGUUUGCACGUUACAUGAAUCGAAUCUGAGUCAAGAUGUUGUAUCUGGCUUAAAUGGUAGAGAUCCAGAAUUGCAUGCUAUUGAACAAAGUGCUAAAACUCCUGGUGAAUUUUUGUUAAGGGAAAAAACUUUGGAGGUGUCACAUGAUAUCAACAACGAAGAUGAAAAUGACAAUCAAGUUGAUGAUAUUGCACCUGCUGAUGAUGUUGGUUCGAGAGCAGAUGUGUUUGGUUCCAAUACUGAGAGAGUAGAUAUUCUCGCUGAUGGUUCAACUGAAAUUUUCGCCCAUGGAAUUGUCACUGAUGCCAUUCCUCAAGGAUCACCCUCGAAGGAUGCAAUAAAACCCAAGUGGAAAAGAUUUUUGGGUAAUGCAUUCAGAAAGCACCCAAGAAAGCUUACAGGCACCGGAUCUGAGCAUGUUUGCACUGCAGUGGCAACACAAUCAAUCAAUGAUGAAGUGCAGUCGAAUGGCCAAAUGAAGGGUACUACAGCUCAAAAAUGGUCAAAAUUUGGAAAUGCAUUGAGAAAACCAUUUGUGAAAAAAAGAAUCACUAAAGGUACUACAGAAUUGGCUGCAUCUGAAAAUACCAAGGCGGCCUCCCCACUGCAAGUGAAGAAAAGGUCUAGAAAUUUGUUCAGAAGAAAAGUAAGGGCUUCCAAGUCUGCCCCCCAUUACGAUACUUCGAGUGAUGCCGAUGUUGGCAGCGAAAGCAACAAAGAAGGAGAGCAUGAACCUGAAACUGUCGACCAUGCUGAAACCCCCAAUGGAAAUGUAGCUGAAUGUGUCCCUGUUGUUGAAGAUACGCUGUUUGGAGUGGCUAAUCUGAACCUUUUCUUUCGAGAGCAAUGCGAUAAUCCUUAUUGGCCAUACAAUUAUGAGGGGGAUGCUCCUGCCAAUGAUGUGGAAGCUGCUCCAACCAGUGCUGCAAAAGACGUUCCCGAUAAAAGCAAGAGCAAGAAACACAAGAAGAAGAGGCGUGGUAAGAAAUCAUCUUCCAAGAGUAAGGCGUCUAGUGUGACUGAAUUGGAAUCAACUGCUGGUAACUCUGUGACUGAAAAUGCUUCUUCAUCUGGCGCACAGGCAGAAAGAAGGGCCGCUGAUUUAGCCCCAUUGAACUCUGAUGCUGGUCCAUAUGCUGUUAAUGAAAAUUCUCCAAUGCGUGCGAUUGAUUACGGCUAUGAAGAAACCCCAACGGUGACAAGUAUUGAUUCAGAACCUAGCAUUGAUGAACCCAUUGUGGCCACUGAAGACAACAAUGAAGUUAGUGAAGACGUUCCUAGAGCUACAAGUUGGGAAUCAAUUAGAUUGAGCCGAUUGUCUGAUCAAGCAGCUGGUAUUGCCGGCUGCCAUCGAAUGGAAACUAAGGCACAAAGAUUUAAACAGAAAAUUCAAGCUUUGGGAAAACUGUUUGCAUAUGCAUUCCAUUUUAAGUCAAGAUCAAGCAUCGUUGAAAACGCCGAUGACAAUGACAGAGACGUUGGCAGAGGAACCGUAUCGCCUGAGCAGAAUGGGAAUGCAGCUUUGGAAGAGCCUUUCAUUAGAAAGAAGAAAAAGGUUUCCAGAAUUGUGAAUUGGAAACAAAAGAUCCAACAUCGUUUGAAGAAAUUGGCCAAGAGUGAAGCGGCUACAGGUUGUGAAACUAAUGCAGAUACUGACCAACCAAAAAAUCCUGCUGCUGCUGCUAAAAAUUUCUUUAACCGACAACUUUGA